AUGGCCGAAACUAAAAUAACGAAGUUACAUAAAGUAUCACCUAUAUUAAUAAAGAAGAACGCAUUAAAAAUAAACACGUCUUGUGGUAACUACGAUUUAUUGUUACGUUGUGUGAAGAACCCGCCACAGUUGUUGAUAAAGGAGGAUGAGAUAUUUCGGUCGACGGGCGACGAUUUCCUCAAGGGGAAGUACCCCAACUUGAUUCUGGUUAAUAAAUUAAAUGUGCGUAACAACACGAGUCAAACUAUUGCCACAUACGUCCAGAAUUCGGUCAGUGUCAAACUAACAUCGGAUUCUAUAGUUAAAGUUAUCGGUCAAACGAACUAUGAUAUCGUUUUCAGUGCUUUAUGUUCGAUAAUAAGUUUAGAAACGAGAGUGCAGGGCAUUCUGGCACUGUUAUCAUCUUGUAAAGUGACUGAAACGACUUCCACAGCUUCUCAAACUGUAGAAUCUAGCAGGGAUGUGUUUGUGAAGUCGAAAACACAGAGGAAUAGACGAAAAAAAGUGAGCACGUACGUUAUAACUGAUCAUUUGAUGGAAACUAGCGCGAACGAAGACGUAACUGAGAGGACAGACGUUAUCAAGGAUUCAGACAUCAAAACCGAGUGUCGUAACAUAGAUAGAACAGUCGAAAACACUGAAAAUAAUACAGAAUUCCCCGAAUUAAAGCACAUCGUGAACGAAGAUAGUAACAUAUCAGACAUUAGUUUAGGUAAUUUGUCGUUGAAUAGCUGCCAUAUACCGAGCAUAGUGGAAAAUACUAAUACGCUACUCAACUAUAUAGAAGACCAUACCACCCAAGUAAGUCAGCGGUUAAUACAUUUAAUGGAUGGCACGAAGUUACUUCUACCGGGGAAUCCCGAUAACUUACAUUUAGCCACACCGGAGAUUUUAAAAGAUCUCAGCUCCAUACAAAGGGGAAAGUUGAUAUGGCAUCAGGCAUUCAUAGACUUCAAAAUGUGCUUGGAACGAGAUGAAGAUGAUAAUUUACCUCUUCAUUGGGCUGUUCUAAACGAUGAUUUGGAUCUAUUGAGACGACAGUGCGUCGUUCUGAGAGCUCACCAGCACUCUCUGGACAUACCAGCUGGGAAUAUGACAGCCCUCCAAAUGGCUUUAGCCGAUUCGUCACACGAAUGCACCGAGCUGCUUCUUCGCCACGGUGCAGAUGUUCUGCUGACUAAUGAUGAAGCGAAAACAGCGCUUCAUUUAGCCGCUGAGAGGGAUGAACAGCAUACGGCUGUAGUACUGGAACAUUGCAGGAGUAGAGCCAGGUUAAUAUUAAAACAACACGAAGUUCUGUGGGAAGAUGACUUCGAUGACAAGACAGAUGAACAACUAGCGGAAUACCUCGUGAACAAAAUGAAUGUCAUGUGUGACGAACAAGGUUACACCCCACUCAUGCUAGCCAGUAAGGCAGGCAAACACGCGUGCGUUAAUCUUCUAGCGCGGUCGGCGCCUUAUACCAUCAAUAUGGGCAUGCCGACUUGUGGGAACACAGCUUUAUAUUUGGCUGUCACUGAAGCCUGCGGGGAAGCGAUGAACAGCGACAACAAAUCUAAGAUAAACGAGAAUUUCAUGAAGACCAUAGAAUUUUUGGUCACGAACGGCGCUGAUCCGUCAAUAGUGAAUAGUUACGGCAGUAGUGUCUCUGACCUCCUAAAUGAAUACAAUUACCACGAACUAUCAAUGUUGAUAGCUAAUAAAAUGACAUCCAUCAAAUAUUUCGGCGGAAGAAUGUUAGAAGAUUUUAGCUCAUACAUGCUACUAAAGAACAAAUGCGGUGGUUGCGAUAUAAAACACGUAAGGGAACCAUCUAAAGUGUACAAAAAAUCAGAAAAAAUACAACCCAAAAAGACAAUGGACUGUGAAAACGUAAAUAAUGAUCAAAAACAAGUAUCAAAUGCCAACAUUGUAGCAAAUUCUAAUCAAGACAAUGAAUACAUAAAAUUUGAUAGACCGAAACCGAUAAAAUCUAACACCAGAAUAGAUAUGACAGACAGAGAAGUAUUGGAACCGAGGAAAAGAGCUAAAACUACAAUUUACAAGACAUUACCCGUUGUCAAAAUAGUCUCAUUUCAAAACAACACCGACAAAAGAUUUUUGGUCAUAAAAGAUAGUGCAAAAAGUAAUAUUGUUGUCAAUAAACAGUACUCUCCAAUAAAAAUACUACCGAAAACCAACAAACAAAUCAAAAUCUGUCCGGCCAAAAGAAAUAUACAACAAUACAGUAACAUACCAAGCAAGAGAAGCAAGAACACAGAGGGAAACAAAACUUAA